CGACUUGCGACAUUCUAUAUCUUGAACGCCAUCCGUUAUCAGAAUCUCUUAUGUUCGCGCCUCUAUCAUGUUCGCUUCAUUUUGAUAUAUACGCCAACUUCAUUAUUGGUAUAGCAUUUGCGACCCUUCCCUGCGGAGCGAUGGCGCCAGGGAGCCGAUCUAUUUGCUAACUUCUUCGAUAAGUUAACUCCAUGGGCUAUGGGUUGCUUCUUGGGAUAUAGUUUGCUUUCCAGACACACCUGGAGAUGAUCCCUAUUAUUCUUUUAAAGGCUUUUUUGGCUAUCUAUGAGUAUUGCCAGGAUCUGCCUCGGAGCAAUCUUUAAAUCAUGGACUUUCCCGGAGGGUCCGUUACAAAUAUACGCGUCCUUGAUGGAUUCUCCAAUAUCUACUGGAGAAUAUAUACGGAAGAUCCCAACAUUACAAAUCUUCCAGGCGAGGCUCCAGCCAACGGUUUCACCAUUCUUAAGCAUUUAAGUCGCCUCAAGGACUUAGAGCUUCGAUUGAGGAGCUCGGACUGCUUAGUCUCGAGCUACCCUAGGCGCCUUGGCUUAUGGGUAUUUUCUGCGACUCCAGAAUUUGAGUCUGUGAGCUCUUUGCGGUCAGAUGAAAGUAAAGGCGAGCAAAGCAGACUGGUUGUUGGCUCAUCGACGUUAAAAGUCUCUGCGUCUGGAAGUGUUACGCCUCGCGAACUAGUUAAGAAUCUCUCGACAGAUCCUCAGACCGCAGGGGGUUCAACCGGGUCGCAACGACCACAGGUUACUCCCACACCCACGAGACGUGUUGAUAGCUAUAGUAGCUCUGUUGCAAUCUACGCAGCUUUUAUUUCAGCCAUAACCGGCUCACUAAACCUUCAACUGAUCCGUCGCAGUAGUGCGAUCCCUCUAGGGUCACGGACGCUCUUCACUGUCGUCGAGAGAGAUUAUUACGGGGCCUCCAGAAUAGUCAACGAUGAUCCCUCUUCAAUCUCUGCUCUGACUACACUUCAAGUUCAAUUGACCUCGGCUGGGAAACUAACAGUGUCUCUGCAGACAACGUCACAGCCAGGCAUUGCCCCACUAUGCAGACUUGGGGAAAGUCCAUCUGACAUAUAUGAUGUAGCUCCCGGAGCUGACAUCUGGUUAUCACCCAGCGGCUCUGUUGCGAGGCUAGUAUCAACCAACCCAGGUCUACCAAACGCCUCGUCCCCGUUUCCGACUAUGGGAAGCAUUGGAAUUGAGAGCUUGGGGGCAGCAGGACGCAAACAAUGGAAAGUCAAUGUGCUAGAGUGGCUAAGAAACUUUGGGCUGCCGAUUGAUUCUGUUGAUGAAACAGCCUGGGUAGAAGUUGAGGUUUGGGAGCCGUUUUACUCUAGGUUAGCUGGGGAGACUUUACGGCUUAAUGAGGAUAACUCAUCUACGCUUCCCCUGAAGCGUGUCCUCUGGCCUGCUGUGUAUUGCUUUCGGAGAACAAAGUCAGCAUCUCCUGGAUCCUCACAAUGGAUGGAAAUUGCUUGCCCGGUGGUCGGCGAUCCUUUGGAUUUUGCAGAGAAUUGGCGUGUAGUGGAAAAGCCAAAGCAGGAUGAGAUAAGUCCUAAACUACCGUCUAGUCAUCCAGAACAGCAAUCAAGGAUCCCAGAGCCAUCCGCUGCUACGACAGACAUUCCCGAGGGAAUAGAAAGCUUAUCUCGAGCUUCUGAAUAUCCUGAUCUCCAGACUGUCAGUCUCGUAUAUCCGACACCGCCAGAUGGAGCUGCUGCAAUGGGAUUGAGUCUCGCAGGCCCAUCAGACACAUUUGCUGAAGAGCCAGAACUUGUGCCAUCCCUCUUACAAAACCAAAUCAAGCCAAAGUACUACGAGCCACUAACUACCAAAGAUCGCUCAGAGGCUGACCCAUCGGCGGGAUUUGGCCCGUUAGGGGGGCUUGCGGUAGGAUCUGGAUUAUACGACACCAAUGAGGAUGAUGAUCUCUUUGGAGACAUGGAUGAAAGAGACUUUAGCACUAAAGGAAUCACCGAUGCAGAUUUCAAUUUCUUCGAUGACCCUAGCUUCGCUGCCAUGGAUACAGAUGCUCCCGCUGAUGACGCUCAAGAAGUUCCUGACAUGGUCAACUUAGGGGUUGCCGCGGAACAUCCUACUAUCUCUGAAGAUGCUCUGUUAGAAGACUUCCCAGCUCAGAAAACACCAGCGGAGAAUCUUGAAGUAGCCCAAGCAAGUCCAGAAGAGGCAACGCCAAUAGUUCAACCCGAACAUAUGGAUGCAGAGGGAACCCCAGUGGCGGCCUCGCCUCAUACUGAACAAAACCAAACAAUAAGUCCCCCUCUAAGCCCGGUGGAAAUCAAGAGAAUACUGUUACCAGAACCAAACGGGGACAAUCAUGUCCCAACCAAGGGCAGCCGCAAGCAAAGCUAUUACAACCCAGUUGCGUUCAAACCGAAUGUGUCUGCCUGGAAUCAGAAGUAUGGCGCUGACGGCAAGUUCCGGUUUACAACUGCGGGCCCGUCUGCUUCCAAAGCGUAUACAAAUUCCGAUAUUCCAACUGUCGGUAUGCCUCGCCGCAUUAAGAAGUACCCCACCGCUGGCGCCGGUUUGAUGGGCCUAGAUGGUCACGCCAGUCCAUCAAGCGAAGGUCAACAUCUACAAACGCUAUCGGAUUCCAGCAGCUAUACAAGCGAGGAAAGCGAUGGUAGUCUUUCGGAAAGUGAUGCUCCACCGUUGCUAAGUCGCAAGCGAAAACGUGCCCGUUCUAACUCCGUCAGCUCACCGGCCUUAUCUCAGGUGAAAUCUCUUGGGGAGGCAGACCACAAAAUCCCUGCCCAUAGACCUGAGCAUUCAAUAUUUCUGGGAAAUUUGUUAUCCACAUUCUCUGACUGGUCAAUGACCGGUUAUUUUUCAUUAACAGAAAAUCGGCUAUUUCCUGUUCUCACCCGCAAAGACAUGCAGAUUCAAAUCGCCCAGUUAUUUGUCGACCAAAUUACGCAGUCCUCUUUGGAUCAUAAGCUGGAUGGUGGCUUCUGUCUCUCCGAACUUGAUACCACGGCAUAUUCAGUUCAAAGUUUCCUUGAGGAAAGUAUAUUGGGCAGCAUUGAAAGGCUUGAUUUGAAUAGUUGGAUAUCCCUCCAGGACAAUGAGCAAGCGUCUCCUGCACCCAACGGCGCUGUAGCCCGGCAAUCUUCUCAACGUAAAGAGAUGGGGAAAGGUUCUAUAACAAAACUCUCCCCGCCACAUUUACGCGUCCGUCGCGGCAAGGAAUACUUGGAAGCUCUGCCUCCUGCAAUCUCAUUUUGGGAAACAUUCGGCUUGGAACCAGCCGACGGCCCAAAGGACAUCUCAGCUUAUUGUAUUCAUCCUCAAAUUGCUGGUGAUGCUGCUGAUAUCUUCCUGGAACGCCUUAGCUUACUCUACGCGAGUUGCAACCUUGGAAAACAUGUUCGGGGAUGUAGGUCUAGUGCCUUUGAACGGGGGCUUUGCUCAUGGGAUGUUGGUUCUAUGGAGACCGCACUCUUUUUUCCUGCAAUGCAGUCCUUAAAAGUAAUCUGCGAAGAGCUUGGGACGGCCCUUCUGAAAAGCUCUCCGAGCAAUGACAGUCUAGUAAUCUACAUAGUCAAUCCAUUUGCACAUGCAUCGGCCCUCGUCGAUAUUUGUUCCGCCUUCUGGUGUCUAUUUCAAAAAUAUAUUGCCGACACCGGCAAACAACAGGCCCGACAGUUGAAUGAAGUGGUGCUACAGAUCGUUCCAAUUAGCUUUAUAAUGUCAACAGGCUCUGUGGUCGUCCCUCCACAAACCCAGUACCUUAACUUGGCACUGGAAAUCUACAGCCGAUGUCCUCCCAAAGCAGUACAGUCGAGUCUCGUGAACUGCGCACCUCCAGUCCUUCUUGCCGAGCCUCUCCCGAAGACGAUCAGCUUUAGACUCGCCUCCGAGAAAACCUCACCUUUACAAGAAGGCAAAUGUCUUCAUAUUGCAUACUCAAAAAGUCAAGAUCAGCGCUGGAUAUGCGUUGCCUGGUCUGACAACUCUGGGGCACUCCAACGUACAAUCUCUUAUAAUCUACGCUACCGAAAUGCCAGUGCGGUUAAGAGCAUUUCAGACGUGCGAAGCGAGAUUUGGGUAGCUACUAAGGACAUCCUAGACAGGAUCCAAGCGCGAUGGAAGGUUUUCGUCGUGAGCACCGAGCCUGUCGAUCAGGACGAGGUUGACUCAUGGACGGGUUUUGUCGAGCAGUAUAACAAGACCAAGUCCAUACCUUUAGAGCUGACGGUAUUGAGCGUAAACACUGCGCCCGAUCUGCACCUUGAACCUCCCUUCUUACCCAUGUCCAUGAAUAUCUUUAAUCCACAGACCUCGUCGACACCUGUUGCUACACCGAAUGCUAGUGGCAACGUCUUUUCGCCGGAUCAAUCGGGCACAGCGCCUACGCCUCCCAGUGGCGGAAAUGGGCCUGCAAAUGCCCCAACACCCACAGAACCUACUCUAGAAGCCGAAUCCGAAUCCGUGCUUACAGACAUUUGCGAUGAGUCCUGGAGCGUCAUACUCUCCCAUCGCCUCAACAAUUCUCCUCACCUAACCGAGUACCGACCAGCGUUGGCUAGCGGUUACCUACUUCGCCGCAAGGGAGACACCGACGGAGAUGGUGUAUAUGCUAUGACUCUCAACCUUAUAUAUACCCAACGACCUUCUUCCUGCGAAACAAUUCUUCGAGAAACCCUAGGAAUGUACCGUGAUCUGGGCACCCUUGCUCGAGCCAGAGGCACCCGCACUGUACAACGAAACACAUUACCUUGGCAUAUUGCCACGGCAGUAAGAGCACAGGAAAUGCUAAGUCAUGUUUUGUGAUUUGUAACUGAAUUGAUACCAUGUUCAACGGCAAUGGGUGGCGUUGGAGGUUGACUGGGUUCCUUUUUCCUUCUGUACAUA